CUGCACGGGCAGAUCAAAAUAAACCUUUGGACAGCAGAGCAACAGCGAGAAGCCAAGUGAGCUACUCCGAUAACCAACGAACAGAGGAAGAGCGGCAACCGGCCUGAACUCCACACUGAGAACCCGUGGAACAGAAAACAUGGACAUUCAAACUGGUCAGAUAGUGCGACCUCCGAGUCCCAUGGAGAACCUGGAGAAGCAGCUGAGCUGCCCCAUAUGCCUGGAGAUGUUCACCAAGCCCGUGGUGAUCCUGCCCUGCCAGCAUAACCUGUGCCGCGGCUGUGCCAACGACCUCUACGACUCCCGCAACCCCUACCACUUCUCCGGGGGCAUCUUCCGCUGCCCGACCUGCCGCUUUGAGGUGGUGCUCGACCGGCAUGGUGUCUACGGCCUGCAGAGAAAUCUGCUGGUGGAGAACAUCAUCGACAUCUACAAGCAGCAGCUGGAGAACAGCAGCAGCAGCAACAGCAACAACCUGGAGCCUCCGCUGAAGCCCAAGGACUCCAAGCAGCCCAUGUGUGAGGAGCACGAGGAGGAGAAGAUCAACAUCUACUGCAUCACCUGCCAAACCCCAACCUGCUCCAUGUGCAAGGUCUUCGGCCAGCACAAGGACUGCGAGGUCUCCACACUGGAGAGCGUCUACGAGGGGCAGAAGACGGAGCUCAGGAACUCGGUGGACAUGCUGGUGGCCGGGAAUAGCUGUUUACAGGCCGUGCUCACCCAGAUGGAGGAGAACUGCACGACCAUCCAGGAGAACGCCGAGCUGCAGAAGAGGCGCAUCGGGGAGAAGUUUGACUUCCUGUACGCCAUCAUGGAGGAGCGCAAGGGCCAGCUUCUGGAGAAGAUCACCCAGGAGCAGGACGAGAAGGUGGCCACGCUGCGGUCGCUAGUGGAGCAGUACAAGGGCCAGUUGGAGGCUAGCACCAAGCUGAUGGACACCGCGUCCCAGAGCAUGAGCAACAGCAACGUGGCGGAGUUCCUGAUCUCGGUGAAGGAGCUGAUCACUGAAGCUAAAGAUACGGCCAAGAGAUCUCUUCUGGAGAGGCCAGAAGCCGGCUUUGAGAAGAUGGACCAUUUCACGUUGUUCACUGAAGAGGUCGAAGCAAUCCUUGCACAAAUGGACUUUGGUAUCGAUGAGGAGGAGGAAGAUGAGAGUGAAGACAAGGAGGAGGAGGAGGAGGAGGAAGAGGAGGAGGAGGAAGAAGAGGAGGAAUGAGAACAAAUCUUUGUUUGAGACAAAGACUUGAAUGACUGUUUUGGGAAAUAUUAAAUUACACUCACACAUGCACACACAGAGACACUAAUACAUACAUUAUCCGAGCUGCUGUCAUAAAACAGAAUAACAACAUUUGUGAGGGAAAAGACUGGAGACUGAAAAGUGCAAUCUUAACCAAGCAGUUUUUACACAAACAAAACAAACAUUUUUGUACUGACUUUUGAAUUUUAUACUUUUGUAUUUAUGUGAAAUGUAUGUUUAUAUUGAACUAUUUUUGAUAUCUUCAGUGAUAGAUAUCUCUAGAUGUUGACGUUUACACUUGAGUAUUCUCCAUUUUAUGCUUUGAUUAGUCAAAGUCUAGUCAAGAUGUAGUUAAAUAUUAUUAUUUGUAGAUGUAGAUGUCUAAUAGUCUAUACAUUUGUUUGAAUACUUGAAAUAAUACAGAAUGCACUUGAUUGUUUAAAAUAAUAAAAAUAAUUUUCAUUGGAAAAUUCAGUGAAAAUAAAUGGAUUAAAAAAAAACAAA